GGAGGGGAUGUGGGGGGAGGAAUGACAUCCACAUGCAACUCAAGUCCUGAUGUAACACCUAACAGUUUCUUCUGUUACAGAAUUUUCUGUAACUGUACUCAUAUUCAUGCAUAUGUAUUAUGAACUUGAAUCACAAAUGUACUGUUUAGAGAAGAUGUUACUAAGUGAUAAACACAAAGAAUGAGAAUAUGCCAAAACUGUGCAAUCAUUUUUGUUAACAAUAAGAUGCAUGGGUACCAGUUGUAUAUCUGUUACAUAUAACAGUGGACAUAUAUUCAAUAGUUUAAUAUUCAUAUUAGCCUUUAAAAAACAACUUGAGAAUCGGACAUAAAAUAAAAACAUUAACAUAAAAUUUACAGUGUUACACAGUAGUGUGAUCACAUCUCCUAUUAUUUCUUAUAAUGCAAGAAGAAUAAUUAGCCUGUAGCUUGGGUCACCUUUGACUAACAGCAUCUCAUGUUAAUUUGAUAAGCUCCUCCUCCGCGUGCUCGUGUGACACGUGUCAAUCAACCGAGCGUAAGAUGUAGAGUCAGGGAGUGACGUCACGCGCAGAGGUAGAGGAGAACAGGCAGAAUGGCUACCCAGUGCCGUAGCUCGAAAUGUACGGCAGAGAGAAAAGGAUUCCGGCGGGAACUCGACUCCUGGCGACACAAAUUGAUCCAUUGUGUAGGAUUUGAAAGUAUAUUAGAAGGAAUCUAUGGAACCAGGCUUCUUAGAGAUCUUAGUAUAUUUGACGACUGUGAACCAGAUGUGGUUAAUGAUUGGUCCGUGGAUGCCAGCUGUUCUUUCUGCAGUCUACAGUUAGAAAAAAUUGGGGACCAUAUUCCAGCUGUCUGUUCGCUACAGUCAACUCCAACAGAAGAAACUUCUCCUCAGGGCCAGUCAAACACUGAGAAAAUCGAAUUACAAGCUGACAAGUUUCUUCAUGCAAUCUUUCGGAAGAAAGACCUCCCUCAGAGCUGUGACCCGAACAUUCCCUUAGUUGCUCAGGAAUUAAUGAAAAGGAUGAUCCGUCAAUUUGCCAUCGAAUAUGCUUCAAAAAGUCAAAUUCAAGGAGGAAAAAAUGGGUCGUCGCUGGAUACGAAUUUAGUUUGUGACAGUCGGCAUCCCUCAGACCAAGAUGGACCACUGGACCUUACUGUGAAUCGAAACCAUCUGAAUGUUGAACAAGGUGGCGUGCUUGACCUCUCACAGAAGAAUCGUUCCAGCUCCACAUUGUCAACAUGUUCAAAUGCAUCCACUAAUCAGAACACUUCAGGCUCCCUGGCCCUGGCUGGUGGUGAGGAAGUCCACUUGGCUACAGAAGCAGAAAAGUUUCAAAUCAAGUGUACCGUCCUGCAGAUGGUCCUUUCAUCAUUCUGCCCAUGCCAUAGGAUGCUGCUUUAUCAUAUCUUAAAGUGCAUGCAUGAAGAUUACGUCAUUUCGGUCACUCCCUACGCAGAUGGCUGCAGACCUUUAUCACAGGCAGAUUCCUUGUCUUGUCAUUUGGGACAGAACUCUGAUAAAGACAUGUUUGCUUUUGCAGAUUACCAAACAUCAGAUGGAUGCUGUGUGCAUUCUUGUAGGCUGAAUUCUUGUUCUAUGACUCCUGUGUGCAUCUGCCUGAAGAAUUUGCAUUACUUCUCGUGCCAAAGGAUGGCUAUCGGUUGCAUUAACAAAGUCUGUGGUCCUAGUUCGUGUGGCAGCUAUUCUCAUCCUCAGCAAUGCACAUGCACUUAUCAGAGCCUCAGCAAGUGCACAUACAUCACUCCAGUCAGAAGUGUAGUGAGCUCUCCUUUUACUCUUCAUAAAGUCUGUGAUUCGUUUAGCCCCUGUCCUCCACCUCUGUCCCCCGUUCCAUUGGAUGUUGGUGCUAAGAAUAGCGAUACAAGCAUUAUCUGCCCUUUUGCAGAAAGCAAGUGUUUCAGCAACCAGUCGGCAUCUCUUUUUUUGCAUGAAGAGGAAGACGAUCCCCUCUUUCAUGAGUUUGAUAAAGACAAUGCUAGCACUGAAGAGACUGAAAAGCAUUCUCCUUGCGAAGACUGCACUGACUGUUGUACACGAACAGGAAAGAACUUUGAACAAAAUCAAAGUGGGAAUGUAUUACAAAAUCUAAUGGAGUGUUUCAAGCAAUUGAAACCUAUUGAACCACUGGAAAAAGAACAAAAUUCAGGACUUUCUGCCAACCAAAGCUUGGCAUGCGGCAACGGCGUUCACUUGGAGGAAAUUUUAACUACGAUUUUACACAAGGAAUCCGAUAAUGAUUGCCACCUUAAGGAGCGUUUUCAUAGGAAGCAAGAAACCUUAAAUGCAGCAAGAUCUCCUGACCUGGCCCCUUCUUGGCAUCAGUGUGUGCAAAUCAGAAGAGAUGUUAGUCUGGGUCCAUUACCCUGCAGAAGAAAGCUGGAACUUGAAACGCAGGGAAAAAUUAUUGUGAGAGAUGACUUUAAAACACAAUCUUGUGUGAAUGUAUUGCUGACAAGCCCGGAGAAGGACAAGCUUUCAGAAAGUGGAAAGAGUGAAACGACACACACUUGUGACAAUCGGGUCUCUCCACACCACACUGAACUGUUCUGUAGCAGAUUAGAAAACAAGGAAAAAUCACCUGAACACAAGGGAAAAGAUCUGAAAGGCACAAAAUGUAGGAAAGGGAACACGGAUAUAAAAAAACAAAGUUUGUCUCUUCAGCCUGUCACUGAUACAAGUAGAUCUAGGAGGAACAUUGUUCCGCCACAGAGAUUUUCUGCAUAUGUCACUGAGCCAAGAAAGAUGUACUUUGCUGCCUGUUUUUCUGAAAGCAUUUUUAAUAAAAGAGGCCAGAAAGAUACAAAAGAUAUUUGUGCUGAAAACUCCCUAUCAGACUUAGAUUUAAAUGAAUCCACAACUAAAUUGAACCUGCAGAAUGAAUUAUCUAAGACUGUGAGGCAUGCAGGGAGAUCUGGAGAAAACAUAUGUAACGAUCUGAAAUCAACAGACUUUAAUCUAUCAAAUACAUCCAGAACUAGAUCAGCAAAAAUGAGUCCGCUUCAGUUGGAAGACAACACAUCUGAUGAUAGUGAAGUCAAAGAGGGUUUCCAGAGAAGGUCAAAACGAAGAACAGUUGCUUCCUUGGUUAAAUUGAGAUCUAUAACUAAUGAUCAGAACCACCUGAACAAUUUGUCAGAAGGCAUUAACACCAUGAAAGAUGCUUUGAGUACCAAUGAAUGUUCUCUUACUCCAUAUUCAAGUCCAAUAAGACUCAUGUUUGUAUCUCCAGUUAUUAGUGAGGAGGGAAUAAAGUAUUCUCUCAAGUCAGCUAGUUCGGGCUCUGUAAGUCAACCAGAGACAUUUGAUCCUUGUGUGGAAUCAUCAUGGUGUGGACUGGCAAAGACUGAAGAAAAAUCAGUCGAGGUUGAGCCCAGACUUGCUAGAGGAGAAGAAAAUAGUCCGCAUAAAAGGCCGGUCACUACUGAUGCAUCUAGUUCAAGUGAAGAGCUUGACAUUCAAAGAGAGGCAUGCCUCCUUGUUCAUGGACUAUCACUGUCUCCUCCAAAAAGAAAGCCUGGUCGCCCCAAAAAACUCGGCCCACAAAUUGAAAAGCCAGCAAAGAGACCGAUUGGUCGACCACCUAAACAUAAGGGUGACAUUUCAAAAUGUGUUUCAAGUAAGGGCAGCCCUAAUACUGUCAAAAACAUGGCAUGCCAUUCACACGAUGAGGAUGGUGGGAGAAGAAAUAAAAACCUCAAAAUCACUGUAGUUUAUGGAAGAUCAAGGAGAAUAAGGAGGCUUGUAUCUGAAAGCAGUGGACAUUUUGGUACAGACCAACAAAUGAAAGGAUUGCAAAGUGCAUAUGGCUGUAAAACAAACAAUGAUCUGAAUGAGAAUUCUGUAAGGUCAAGUGCAAAUCUUGAGUCAUCUGCCAAACUGCUGGGUGGACCAACUGAACAUUUUGAUUUGGUCAUACCUGUAAAAAACAAACGAUCACAUUCAAGCAGAAACAUCAAAUGUACAGAACAGAAGUGUUCAGGUGCAAUGCGAAAACCAGGGAGGCCGCCAAAGGUUAAGAUAUCAGGCAUCUCUGUGACUGUAACAACAGUUUCUCCAAAAAAACGAAAUAUUUGUAUAGACAAGGAUAUGACAGAAUUGAAUAAUGAGAAACCAUUUGUCUCAAACCAUCCCAAAGAGCAAACGACAAUCAGUUUGCAGUCUGAUGCUGUUGAUGGAGAAAAAUCUGAGAAUGUACAAGGUGGAACUAUGAACCAAAAGAUUCUGGUACCACUUAGACAUUCUGUGAGAAUAAGGAAACCAUCGGUUCAUUUGCUACACUCUGUGGCUACCUCCAGGACAAUCACGCGCAGUAAUGCACUGUUACGGAGGUCUCGAAAAUUGCUUAUGAACAAAACCAGUGGUGAGUCAAACCAGUUCAAAAGUUUUGAAAAACCUUUUGUAGAAACGUCAGGUACUACAAAUUCAGAAUUGUUUUCAAGAAAUCCUUGCGGGCAGGACCUAAGCUUUUUGUCUGGAAUUUCAGUGGAUUCAAUUUUCACAUCAAAUGAACCUUUCAAAUGGUGGCAUACUUCUAUCUCAACUGAGACAUUGAAUGACGAGUUAACCAGGAGGGUUCAACUAAUGUCAGACACAUGGGUCAAAGAGUCUGUAGAAUCAAGCAACUCUUUUUCCACAGAGAAGGAGCUUAAUCUCAAAACGAGAAUGCAUCAAACAGAAAAUGAGCCUCCAAAGAAUUAUUUUUCUCCUGUAAAAAUGCUGUUUCAGACACACUGGAAUAUGGAUAAACUUUGUGCUUGGUUUAUGCAAACCACAGAGACUCAGUCUCUAGGAAUUGUAAAGAAGGCCAGUGUCCGUAAUCCCUAUGAAUUUGUCCAGUACAAUCCCAUCAGAGCCACAAGCAGAACCAAUGUUUGUCCUAGUCCUCAAGCAGAACGCCUGAGAAAGCACGUAAAAAAGUUUGCCAAAAUAGUCCCUAAGAGUCCAGCAAUGCAACUAAAAGCACAAAAGAGGAUGUUUAACGCUGGUCAGCUAAAAGUCAAGAGAAGGCUUGUUCUUCUAAGAUCAAGCACAAUUGUUAGGGGCUUUGGCCAACGACGUCUUCUGCCUAGACACAAAAUGCUAGGAAAAUACGGAUUUCUUCUCUUAAGAGUAAAAUCAAAGUUCAUGACUAGAAAGAAAUCGUGUCACGAUCGAACCUGGCCAAUGCUCAAAAGGGCAUCUGAUGCUCUUUGUGGUGAUUUACCAUCGAAAGCGUUUCGGCAGGCAUUUGCAUCUACCUUAGAGACAGAAAAUUGUUCUUUGAACAUGGAAAGAAAAGAACUCGGAGUCCAACAACCUGAAGAGACCUUGAUUGAUGUUUCCCAGGAAGAGAGAAUCUGCUCAAGAACCUGGAGCCCAGAACGACUGAAGGAAUGCAGAGUAUUCCUCAAGAAAAUCAACUCUCCGGAAACAAAAUCUGCAGCUGAAGAAUGUAAUUUUUGCACAAUUAAACUAGAUGAUGUAUCAUCAUCCGGGUACUGUUUGCCUCCAAGAACAGAAUGUGCAGAGAGACAUGUCAGAAAGGAGAUAGCACAUGUAGCUAGAACUGAAAGCAGGCCUUCCCCUAGAAUGCUGUCUUCAUACUGUCCUGAAGAAGACCAGAUUCAGUUCAGAAAUCGAAAGAAACAAAAACGAAAAAGCCAUGGCACAAGUGGAUCACAACCUCUGAAAAUGGCAAGACAAUCUUUGAUCAGCAGCUAGAAGGGAAGAAAGGAAAGCUCCAAAUAACCAGGAAACCAUCUUGGUGAGAUGCAUUCGACAAGAUAAAACUUGUUUCAGUACAAGGUGCCUUCAAAUUGUCUGCUGGUUGAGAAAUCUGACAGUAAUAUCUCAGUAAGCAUUAUGUAGCAUAAAUUAAAAUUAAGGAUAUGUUAAGGUUGCACUAUUUUGUAUUGUGUUUUUUUUUUUAAUUUCAUGUAGUUAUGUUUGUAUGCUUUUAGAGUAGCUUGUCACUUUUUUUGUUUGGAUAGUACUUUUAAAGUAUUAUUAAAAAGGUAUUCCCAUCAUAAAAGGAAAUAAAUUAGUAAUGUUUUACGGAAUGGCCAUAAUUCAUGAAGGACUUUUUUAAUAGGCGCUACAGGAAUUGCCAUAAUGGCAUACCUCAGGUUGAUCUUUAAAAAUAUUUGAGGUCUCAAACAUAUCAUUACCCGAAAAAUCAAUGUACAAAUCUGACUAUUGCUUUUGGACAUUGCAGGUUUUAAUGUAGUCUGUCUAGGUCUACACCAAUCAAGGAUUCAUUUUAGAGCAACCCUUUUAAAAUGUGCAUUAACUUUUGCCAAAAGAAAUAUGCAUGAAAUGUUCUGUUGUUGCAAAUUAUAUGAGGUAUGCAGUUUUCCCAAAAGAAUUUGGCAGUACCAUAGAACGGUUCACCUAAGUAAAUGAUUGUCAUAUGCAUCUAUAUGGGGAGGAGGGUAUUUUUGGGGGUUUAUUAUUUUUUUGUGUUUGAUUUGAAGAAUUUGCUUGAAUACUGUCAAAACUCCCCAGCCUCCGAGCAUUAACGUACUAAUGUAAGUGACACAAACAAAACCUUUGUUGCACUAUAUCAAAUCCUUCAGUAGAAACCAUAGCUUUCACUACCACCAUUCUAAUGUCUCAAGAUAUUCUAUAGGUGCAAUAUGUUUACUUAUUUAAGCCAGAUGGUGUAUCAUUUUUAUUAAAAGCUUUUAAUGUUUUUUUGAUGCCAAUAACUUUUCUAAAUGUUAGUUAUUCAUUUUGUGUUAUAACUUGGUUGACUUAUAGUUUAGAGUAAUUUCACUUGUUGUCUGCGUCUCAAUAAUAAGCCUACCUCUUUUACACAGGCAUCCUGAAAACCUCAGACAAAAAUAGCUACACUUUAGUUGAAGCCACAUUUGUGCAUAGUAUGCCUAUGGGUUCACUACUUUUACGUGAUCAUCCAUACUGUAUGCAGCUAUGAAAAUUUCCAAGCCAAUCAGCAAAAAAGUGUGGUAAACUAUUUUAAUUUAAAUCAAUGGUCAUUGUCUUUACACUACACACGUUUUUUGUUUCAUUGUAAAUGUAUCUUUUAUGAAAACUGAACCAGAUGUGAAAGAGCACUGGAAAUUAAGGGAAAAUAAUUUAAUAUAUCUUUGAAUCAUUUACUUUUAUUGCUUUAUUGGCAUAAUAUAAGCAGCUAUAACUCAUUCAGACUCGCUUUAUAUUUAGACUUCUCACAAUUUUACAUAUUUUUCUUAAUUUUUACAUCACAUGUAACACGUCAUUCAUAUGUGUUGUGCUUCUGGUCGAACAGCCCAUUUCCAUCCUAGAGGACAGUUGCCAGUUUUAUUUUCAAGGUAACAAAAGGAUUGUAUGUAAAAUGUUUAGGUUUGCUAUGUCCCUGUACAUAAUCAAUUUAAUAGAUUGCCACUGAAUUUAGUAACAUCAAUUAAAUAUAAUACAAUCAUCCAAUGACAAUUUUAAUAGACACCAAUUUAUCAGUGACUUGUUUUUUCAUGGACUACUAUAAGUUCAAUUAAAAUAUUCACCCAAACUGACUUAAACUCUACUACUUUAUUACUUUUCUGUAAAAAAAAAAAGUAGCCCAUCCAACAGUAACACCUCCAAGAAUUAGUUUAACCUCCUGAGACCCUACGUCCUCAUACAAGGACAUCAUUUUUGUUUAAAACUAUUAAUUGUUCAAAAUAAAUAAUGUUUGGUUUGUAUGAUUAUGAGGUGCUACUAAUCCCAAAUAGCUAAAGGAAAUAAAACAUGCACACCAAAAAACGGCCUGGGACUGAGGAGGUUAAAAUGAAAUUACACUGGAUUAACAUUAAAAAAAGAAACAAAUGCCAAGAAAACUGUCCUCAGAAAUGCUGUUUUUGCUUUUACCUUUUUCUGAAUGUCAAACACACAUCUGUUGCUGUUUGUGGUAGCCAACCCAAGCAUACACACAAUUGCAGUUUUAAUAAAUCAGAUGUUAAUCUGUUGAAUUGUAGUGGGUAUAGAAGUCAUUUGUCACUUUUUAAUAAACCUUCAUGAAACAUUCCGACUUGUGAAACCAUACAUUGUCAAAUCUUAGUGAAUUAUGUUACUGCAUUUGAAUAUUGCACUGUGUGUGUAUGUUUAUAUGCUAACGUGAUAGUAGUUUAAGAUGUUUUCAUUAUUCAGAAACUUCAUUCUGCCAUUUGUGGCUAAGUAAUAUCAGCUCGAAGUACGUGCUGGUUCUGUUCGAUCCAUUCAUCUUCCAACCAUGAGGAGCACAAGGCAGGAAACAGCCUGGAUGAGAUAAUAGUCUAUCACAAUGAUUCUGUUCUAGUUCAGGAGAACUUUUGUGUAGAUCUUAUUGUCAGAUAUUGACAAUGACUUAAAAUUUUAGUUUACUUUUGUUUUAUUUUAUCGUAAUCUGAAUGUAACUUGUUUAAAAUGUAAUUAGGUGGUAAAUGUAGGAUCGUCAAAGGUCAUAGCUAUUAGAAAAGUGAUUUUGUAGCUGCUGAUUUUGCUACAUGAACAUCAGGGUUUCAUGAUCACUUUAUGCCUUAAGUGGUCUAAAUGACAGCAAUCUGAUUUAAAUAAUCUGAACAUGUGCUGGGCAAGGCCCCAUGACUGUUCUGUUUUGAACUGAGUUCUUGUGCAAUAAAAUAAGGACUGAAUGAUUAGCAA